UCAGAGCAGAGUUUGCGCCACGAGUAAGUUUGCGAUUUGCUUUUAAGCCUUCAAACACUCGCGUAUGGAUGACUGCUAUGAAUGCCCGUGUCCCUGCCCGUAAAUGAUCUGUGACCACACCUGUGCACCAUUCCGGGCGCACUCCUGGCCUCGCUCGGCUCAAAGUCACAUGAUCAGCGUGUGUGGUGGAUUCACGAGCUAGCAGUAUCAAAGCAUGCGUACCAAAAAACGAGGCGCGCCUAAGCCAUCUAAGCACGACUGUAUUGGACCGCCACAGUAGACAGGCCUACCUGGCCUGCUAUACAGCAUAAUUUCUCAAUCAAACAUCUGUUAAGCUGAAUCAUGGAAGGAUCGUCAUCCCGGAGAUCUCGCUCGCGAUCACCGCCUCGACGAGCGCCCAAGGGCAGCGGCGGAUUUCGAUGGAAGGAUAAGAGCCGCUCAAACGACGACAGCCGCGACAACUACAAUUCAAGGAGAGACAGAUAUCGGGACCGAGACCGAGAUAGGGACCAGGAGCGGGACAGAGACCGGGAUCGUGAUCGUGAUCGAGAUUAUGGGGGAAGGCCACGACGUAAUUUCCGUGACCGCUCGCGAGACCGUGAUCGUGACAGAUUCGGUGGUCGUGACAGGAAUGAAGGUCGACCUAGAUCGCAGUCUCCUCGACGAUACGAGUCAGGGCCAAGAGACAAAGCCAAUGAUGUGAAAAGAGACGCAGGUGACAAGAGGGACAGAAAAGAAAAAGAAAAGAAGGCUCCCAAGGCUCCUGUGGCGGCGGGUCAAGAGUUCAUCAUCGUCCAUGUCAACGACCGUCUUGGCACCAAAUCGGCCAUCCCAUGCUUGCCAUCAGACACGGUUGGGCAGUUCAAGCUCAUGAUUGCGGCGCGCAUUGGGCGAGAGGCAGGACAAAUCAUGCUGAGGCGACAGGGCGAACGGCCUUUCAAGGAUCACAUCACGUUGGAGGACUAUGGUGUAUCGAAUGGAGUGCAGCUGGAUCUCGAGGUCGAUACCGGCGAUUGAAGAGCGUGUUUUCUCUUCCUCUCUGUUUCUUAUUCUCUUUCUUUUAAGAGCAGCUCCCUUCGCAGCAUUAAUUCUCUGCACUAGAAUAUCAAAUUACCCCG